CAGCAGGAAAACACCAGCUGCCCACUGGUUCACAGAACAGACAUACAGGUACAGGAAAAUCCUAUAAAUUAUUUUUUUUUACAAAAAUAUAAAAAUAAAAAUAAUAAACCAAAAAGCCCUACACUCCAAAGCGCACACAUACGCAUCCACUGCAAUUUUGCUCCCUCCAUUCUCUUUCUUUUCUUCCCCUUUUCUUCUUCUAUUUUUUGUUUUUUAAUUUUUAUUUUUUUCUUCUUCUUCUUCUUCUUCUUCUUCCUCUCCUUCUCCUCCCCAUUUCACAAUCACUUAGAUCAAAUCACUUAGAUCAAAUCACUCUGUAUCAGCCCUUUCUUUUGCUUCCCCUCCCAAUCAUUUCUUUCUACACGCGCUCACAAGCGUAUUUCUUCUGUAUUCUAACUUGUAGAGGAGGGGGGGCUUUCUUUUUUUCUCUUUCUGGGGUUAGUGAAGAUGAGCGGUGGUGGGGUUAGGGUUUCAAUCCCGAGCAACGUCAGGAAGACGAUCCAGAACAUAAAGGAGAUCACGGGUAAUCACAGUGAAGAGGAGAUUUAUGCGACUCUUAAGGAUUGCUCUAUGGAUCCCAAUGAAACCGCACAGAAGCUUCUUUUGCAGGAUCCAUUUCAUGAAGUCAAAAGGAAACGGGACAGGAGAAAAGAGAAUGUGAACAACAGAGAGUCUGGAGAUGCUCGUUGGAGACCUGGAACACAGGGGCGGGGGAGUAAGGGUGGUCGGGUAAACUUUUCAUCUCGUCACUCGUCACAUGAUGCUAGUGGUGGCAGGAAUUUGGGCCUUGCAAGGGACAAUGGAGCCAACCAAGCUGCAGAGAAGGGAGAUGGCACUUCUAUGCCAGCCCUUCAAGAGGAAAGUAAGGAAACAAGUCUGUCAGCAAGCUCUGCUGCUGUUGUGGCUAAUGGUGCCACUGUUGAACCCUCUGGAAGCAACAGUGAAAUGCAUGCUUAUGAUUCACCUUCAGGAAGUGGCAUAAGUCAAAAUAAAGUGAUUUCAUCACCUAUUGCUGUUAGUAAGUUCGGAAGUAUAGUGUCCCCUAUUGAUGCUGACAAAACCCUCACCAUUGCAUUUGGAAUUGGGGAUGCACAUGGGGAGCCCAUUACAACCUCUAGUAACUCCUCGGUAUCUGUAACUCCAGCAUCUUCAUCAACAGUCUGUUUCUCGUCAUCAGAUCCUGUACUUGUUCCAUCUAAUGACUCACGGCUCCCCAGUACUGUGGGUACCAUUAAACGUGAAGUGGGAAGCAAUAGAACUGUUGUUGAAUCAAAUGCAGUUAGUCCUGCUGAGAAAUCAGCUUCUGAGAUUGGUACUUCUUUUCUGCAAGGCAAGAUGCCGAGUAAAUCCCAGGUUGGGAAGGAUCAGCUCAGUGAGUCUUCUCAACCCUCAUCUGCAUCAAUUCAUGAUGGCUCUCCUGGUAGUCGGCCUUCCUCUAACUACAGUAGCAGGUCACAACAAGUAAUUGGCCCUCAAAAAGCUGGUUCUACUAAGGAGUGGAAACCAAAGCCAGCAAACUCUAAUGUGCUUUUGGGGUCUGGAAUAGCUGGUUCAUCAGAUGUGUCUAAUAUUCCAGUUGAAUCCAGUAUCCAAUCACAGCCUCUAUCAAAUGUCCUUGAUUCAGAAGAAGCAACCUCUAAACUGCAGAAGAAGCUGGAGGAUUUGCAUCUUCCACAACGUCAACAUGUUAUUAUUCCAAACCAUAUUCAUGUCCCUGAAUCUGAAAGAACAAAAUUGAGUUUUGGAAGUUUUGAUGCUAGUUUUGGAGUAAGAACAGGCUGUGUCAGUGGUCCAGAGAGUGAUAAGAGUUCUACACCUUUGUCUGAAACUUCUCAGGGUGCUGAAGAAACUAUGGAGGAACAGGCUGCAAGCGAUCAAGAUACAUUAGUGGCUGAUGAGGCUGAUGAGGAGGGAGCUUAUCCUGAUCAUCCAGAGUCACCUUCACAAGCACCUGAAAAUAUAACUGGUGAGCGGGAUGUCUCAUCCAGUGCAGUAACCGAGUAUAAUGAAUCCAAGCAGGAUCCUGCACUGCUUUCUGGGGGACAGCAAUACUCGGCUGUACACACUCCAAGCUACAGUUUUGGUUUUAUGCCUCCAAUGCUGAGUAGUCAGAUUGCACCAUUUGAAAACUCUGAAUCUCAAGCACGUGAUGCUUCUCGCCUUCCUAGCUUUGUAGUUCAACCACCAUUUGAUCCUACUAGUUAUUAUGCCCAAUUUUAUCGUUCAGGCGCUGAUAGUGAUGGUCGUGUUUCUCCCUUUCCUUCAGCUGCAGUUGCUGCUAAAUACAAUGGGAAUGUUGCAGUGUUGCCUGCACAUACUUCUCAGUCUACUCAAGAGGGUGGGAAUUCAUUAGUUCUGUCAACAGAAGGUCCAACUCCACUCGUGACUCAAGCUGCUGGGCUUAUGCAAAGUUCCAUAGCUGUGACUCAGCAACCACUUCCUGUCUUCCGUCCACCAACAGGGUUGCAUAUACCUCAUUAUCCCCCAAACUACAUCCCUUAUGGUCAUUACUUUUCCCCAUUCUAUGUUCCACCUCCAGGCAUUCACCAAUUUUUAAGUAAUGGUGCAUUUCCCCAGCAACCUCAAGCUGGGGGCAUAUAUCCUGCUCCACCAGCUGCAGCUGCAAUGGGGGUAAAAUAUUCAUUUCCGCAAUACAAAGCAGGAACUAAUACAGGAAAUUCUACUCAUAUUGGGAUGGCUAGUGGCUAUGGGCUGUAUGGCUCCUCUCAAGCUGGUUAUAAUCCCAGUUCUGCAGCAACAGGCGGAAACUCUACUACAAAUGAAGAUCUUGGAUCAUCCCAGUUCAAAGAAAGUAAUGUUUACAUCACCGGGCAGCAGAGCGAGGGUUCAGCUGUGUGGAUUGCUGCUUCUGGCCGAGAUAUAUCUAGCUUGCCAGCAAGUUCCUUCUACAGCCUUCCUCCUCAGGGUCAGCAUGUGACUUUCACCCCAGCACAGGCUGGCCAUGGCACCUUUGCCAGCAUAUAUCAACCUGCACAAGCAGUGACAGCAGCAGCUGUUCACCCACUUCUUCAACAGUCUCAGGGCAUGGCUGGAGCUGUUGAUAUGGUUGGAUCUGCAGCCAGCGUAUACCAGCAGCCUCAGCAUCAACAGAUCAACUGGCCUAGUAACUACUAAAAGAUGGAUAUGAUUUAUAUUUUUGUACACCAGGAAAACAAGUCUAAUCUUGGGAUAAUUUUGGGAACAAGUUUGGAUAGAGGAGAACACAGAAGAUACAACAUUGGCUGGACUGAGAGAGUGCAAAUCUAGAAAGGGAGUCUGGAGAAAAAUUUGCCAGUGGGUAUCUUAUAAUUGCUUUGGAUUGAGGGCAUAAGCAGUGCAUUCGCCUGUAACAGAUAUUGACCUUUUUAAGUUAGUUGAGGUAGGCAUGUGCAGUUUUCUUUUUCGUAUUGCUGCCAUAUGGUGUUGCAGUUCCUUCAUUUAGUAGUCUCAAGCUUUUCUCCUCUUAUUUUUCUUUCUUAAAAAAGGUCUUUGAACUUAGGUAUUCUAAUUGUUGAGUGGUGAUAAUCUUUUCCAAUUCUUUCUGACUCUUUGAGGUUUUUCUAGGGUUCUUGAAGGUAAGAUAUAGGUUGGUGGCGAAUUUUUCCAAUUCCUUUUCUUUUAUCGUCUUUACGUUACCUGUAAAGUGAAUUUUGAUAGCAAGAAAAUCUUGUAUCUAACUGUUGUAAUUGGUAUAAGCAAAGGUGAACAUUUUAAUUGUU